UUUUUUUUUAAAAACAGCUUUCUCAACUCUGCUGCGAAUCAAAAAUCGAAAGAAGAAGGAUAAAGAUAAAGAUAAGGAUUUAAGGAUUAAGGAUAACAAGAUUUAAAUAAAAAAAAAUAAAAAGAUAAAAGCAGUUUGUUGAUGCGCUUACCUUCAUCUUCAUCAUCAACCACUCAACAUCAAAUGAAAUGAUGACUCCCGCAACCACAGCAUCAGCACGCGUUGGCGCCGCCGCUGCUUUUGGCCCCCGCGGCCUCAAGCUGCAAGUCGCAUUUGUGAGAGGGGCAACAAGCGGGACAGCAAGCAAACAUUGUUGCCCCUACUCUUCCUUAUCGAUUCUCACUACUGCGCGACAACAGUGCACGAGCAUGAGCAUGACCCGCACCACCAAGUCGAUCACAUCAUCAACCAAGACCCCUCAGUCUACUAUAAUAGCCAGAAGACCCGCGCCUGUGCAGUCCCAGUUCAUAGCUCGCCGCAAUGCUUCUACCGCCACCACCCCCAAUACCAACCCCGCCUCCUCCUCCACUUCCACCACAGCAGAUCCUCCUCUCGACUGGAACUCCUUCUUCACGCUGCGCAAGACGCGCCGACGCUUCCAGGUGUUCAGCAGCCUGAUAACGAUGUCGAUCGGCGGGACCGCGGGCGCGAUGCUGCUCGUGAACAUGGACAUGGACUGGCUGCUGAGCAAGGUGCCGAUGGACCCCUUCUUCGCGCUGGGCAUCAUGACCAUGAGCUUCGCGGGGCUCGGCUGGCUCGCGGGCCCGAGCGUGGGUUCCUCGCUCUUCUACGUCUUCAAGCGCGGCGUCAAGAAGCCCAUGGCCGUCAAGGAGUCCGAGUUCUUCGCCCGCAUCAAGAAGAACAGGGUCGACCCCAGCAACAGCUCCUUGAGCGGAAACGCUGUACCCGACUUCUACGGCGAGAAGAUCUCCAGUGUGGCUGGCUACAGGCAAUGGCUGAAGGACCAAAGGGCAUUCAACAAGAAGCGCACGAGCUUCGUCUAAUGAUAUGAUUGAUUGAAAUUCAGGAAGGUGGUUUUUGGUUUGGGGGUAUGAAAGUGAAGAGGGAAACAAAAAAUUGGGCGGAAUAUCACGAUUGACGUUAACUGUGGUGGCGGUAUUCACAGGGUUCGAUGUUUCUUCCGGUUAUUGAGUGAACGGACAUAUCUACCUGCCUACUUGCACUUGGCUUUGUAGGGAGGGUACUCAGUAGGUAGUAUCUCCAGGCCAUGAAAACGAAAAGUAGGAAGGGAAAAAAAAGUCACCGAAAAAAAAAAGCAAUUCACGAUGUAAUAUGGCGUUCCGGGCCUCUCCCUCUAUAGUGUAUCAUCAGGAAUUGAAAUUGGUAUGGAUCUGGAAUGCAAAACCCCCUUCCGUAUCGGA